CGGCGGCAGGAUGGACGGCCUGAACUUCCACCGCGGUGUUCUCUGACAGAACGUGUGCGUCUGUGUGAACAUGCUGUAACUGUGUGUGUGUGUGUGUGUGUGUGUGUGUGUGUGAGUACAUGUGUGACUGGGGACAUACAUGUACUCGCAGCUCCAUGGCUUUGAACCGUGUGUCUCAACUCUGCCACGAUAUCACCAGGCUGUGGCUGCAGCUGAAGAUGAUGACAGAUGACAUCCUGCAGAGGGAGGACGCUCCUCUGUGCGCGGCACAGAUCGGCUCGGAACUCCAGAAGCAGUUUGCCAUCCUGCCAGGCGGCCGUGGGAUGAAUGGCAGCCCCAUCAUCGUCUUCCCAGAGUUCCCAGAGUUCAGCGAGCUGCAUGAUGAGGAGAUCCAAAGUGUCCUCAGCUACCUCACCAGCAUCCCCAGUGUUGCAGCGUCGGGAGUGGGUUUCAUCCUGGUCAUCGACAGACGACUGGACCGAUGGGCCGCCGUCAGGGCCACUCUGCUCCGCAUCGCAGGCUCGUUUCCAGGGAACUUGCACUUGGUUCUCGUGCUGCGUCCCACUACCUUGUUCCAGCGGACUCUGUCGGACUUCCUGUUCAAGUUCAACAGGGAUGAGUUCAAAAUGAAGGUGGUGAUGCUGAGUUCAGUGACUGAGCUCCAUGCUUACAUUGACCCAGGACAACUGACCACGGAGCUCGGGGGCACACACGAAUACCACCAUGACAGCUGGAUCUCACACCGCACUGCGAUUGAGGCCUUCGCUCUGAUGGUGAAGACCACGGCUCAGACCCUGCAGGCGUUCGGCACGGAGCUGGCCAACGACGCCGAGGCCACCACCAACCUGCUGCACGCGCACACGCUGAAGACGGACCAGAUGAAGGAGGACCUGCAGGUGGCGCAGUCUCAGGGGGGGCGCCUGCUGGACUGUAUCAAUGAGCCUCUACAGACGGACCCUGAUUACUGCAUGACCCACGAUGAGCUGGAGAAUUUGGCUACUGUGCAGAGACUCCUGGGUCAGUUGGAUGAAACCGAGACGGCGUUUGACGACUUCUGGCAGCGCCACCGCACCAAGCUGGAGCACUGCUUGCAGCUGCGCCACUUCGAGCACCGCUUCCGCGAGGUGCGUUCCCAGCUGGACGUGACGUCGGAGCGCCUGUGCGGUUUCUCCGAGGUCAGCGUGAGCCCCGCCCACGCCGAGCACGUCCUGCGAGAGCUCAGCGGCCACGAGGACAAGGCCUGUGAGGUGCUCGACGGCGCCCUGUCGCUGGCCUGCGAGGGCGACAUGCUGAUCGAGAACGGGCACUACGCCGAGGACUCCAUCAGGCCCAAGUGCAGCGAGCUGAGGGCCGUGUGCAAAGACAUCAGCUCCACCUUGAGGAGCAAGAAGAGCCUCCUGCUGCGAGCGAUGGAGCUGCAUCACUCGCUAGACGCGGCGUCGCGCUGGUGCGAGGAGGGCAUCUUCCUCCUGGCGAGCCAGUCGGUGGACAGGUGUCAGUCGCAGGACGGCGCCGAGGCGGCCCUGCAAGAGCUGGAGCGGUACCUGGACACGGCGCCGCAGCACACGCUCCCCGACCGCAGCGCCAUCUGCUGCCAGUACGAGGCCGUGCUCAGCGCUCAGCUCAGGGACCAGGUGGAGAGGGUUUUCCAGAAGCAGAGCUCCGUGGAGGAGAUGUUCGAGAAGAGGCGCGUCAGCCUGAAGAAGCUGGCGGCCAAGCAGACCAGACCAGUUCAACCAGUGGCCCCCAGACCUGAAGUGAAGUCUCCGCUCUCCUCCCCCAAUCAACAGAGAAAAGACAGGAGAUACUCUGCAGAUAACGUCAUCUGCAAAAAGACGGAGUCUCCGGUUCAUAACAGCAGCACCAGACACGCUUCUCUGUCGGAGGAGGAAGAAAACCUCGCAGUGCUUCGACGGCACGUGAUGAACGAGCUGCUGGAGACGGAGCGGGUGUACGUGGAGGAGCUGCUGUGCGUGCUGGAGGGCUACGCGGCGGAGAUGGAGAACCCGGCCCUGGCCCACCUCCUCCCCGGCACUCUGCUCAACAAGAAGGACGUCCUGUUCGGCAACAUGUCCGAGAUCUAUCAGUUCCACAGGAGGACGUUUCUAAAGGAGCUGGAAGCGUACACCGACUGCCCCGAGCUGGUGGGCCGCUGUUUCUUGCAGAGGAUGAAGGACCUGCAGAUCUACGAAGCGUACUGCCAGAACAAACCUCGCUCCGAGAGCCUGUGGAGGCAGUGCUCCGACUGUGCCUUCUUCCAGGAGUGUCAGAGGAAGCUGGAGCACAAGCUUGGGCUGGACUCCUACCUCCUCAAACCCGUCCAGAGAAUCACCAAGUACCAGCUCCUGCUGAAGGAGUUGCUGAAGUACAGCAAAGGCUGCGACGGCUGCGAUGACCUGCAGGCGGCGCUCUCCUCCAUCCUGGGAAUCCUCAAGGCUGUGAACGACUCCAUGCACCUCAUCGCCAUCACCGGAUAUGAGGGGAACAUGUCGGAGCUGGGUCGCCUGCUGAUGCAGGGCUCCUUCAGCGUGUGGACGGAGCACAAGAAGGGCCACGCCAAGGUCAAGGACCUGGCCCGGUUCAAGCCCAUGCAGAGGCACCUGUUCCUGCACCAGAAGGCCCUGCUCUUCUGCAAGCGGAGGGAGGAGAGCGGCGAGGGCUACGAGAAGGCGCCGUCCUACAGCUUCAAGCACUCCCUCAGCAUGAGCGCCGUGGGCAUCACAGAGAACGCCAAGGGGGACAACAAGAAGUUUGAAAUCUGGUGCAACUCCAGGGAAGAAGUGUUCAUAGUCCAGGCUCCGACAACAGAGAUUAAAACGGCGUGGGUGAACGAGAUCCGCAAAGUUCUGACCCAGCAGCUUCAGGCCUACAGAGAUGCCAGCCAGCAGAAGAGCCCCGACUCGGUGUUCCCGAGUCCCACCAACAGCAGCGCCUCGGCCUCGCUCAGUCCUUUCCGUAGCAACGGGCAGAAGAACCAGAAAAAGCCGGAGGAGAAGAAGUCCGAGUUGAGCCCGGUGCCUGACAGCAACUCCUGCUCCUCACCCAAACACAAAGAUGAACCAGUGACCAGUCCCACCACUGACCGAUCCUCAGUGGCUAAAAAGCGUUUUACUUUGCAGGGCUUCAGCAAUCUGAAGAGUCCGAAAGGCUCGGCCUUGAGCCCCGAACACGGCUCCAAACGCCACUUGGUCAAGAGUGACCCCACACCGUUUGGUUUCAAAGAGCCGGCCCUGCCCGUCAGCCUGAGCAGAGUCAAAUGGAUGAGUACCUCUAGCCUUUUACAGAGCAAACGGCGAGCCUGGAACAAGGCGUCUCUCUCAGUGGACGCCACGGAUGAGAUUGACGGCUUCUCCAGCGGCGAGGACCCCAUGAACUCUGACCCCGAGGAUGAAGUCGAAAAGAAGCUGGCCCCAGGGAAGUACACUGUCGUUGCAGACUGUGAGAAGGCGGGCCCUCAGGAGCUGUCUGUCAAGAGUGGAGAAAUGGUCCAGCUAAUCAGAGAGGGAGAGGACGGACAGUGGUUUGUGAAAAACCUUCGCACCAGCAAAGAGGGCUGGGUGGCAGCAGCGAACCUCCUCAGCCUCAUCUCAGAAGCCAAGUCAUCCCAGUCGCUCAGCAGCUCAGAUGGCAGUGUCUCUGGGAACCUCAGCACCUCCUCCAGCUGCAGCGAGACCUACACCAGCUUUUCCGACAUCAAGCCCUGACCUGAGACCAGUCCUGCAUCGGUCCAUCUUGAAACUGUCCCCGGGGGGAAUCGCAGGGGCUGAAGCUGACGGGACGACGGGCGAUCACCUACCGGCGCUCGCUGGACGACUCGUCUGAAACACUCCGAAACUGUAACAGACCCCGCAGUAUUGUCUCCUGAUUUGAAACGAUUGCACAUUCCCUAAUAGCAGCACAGAAAUUGUAGGUGUUGGUGUUCUAAUAGUUCACAUCCUGACUCAGAACAGCUGGACGCGUUGAACAGCUGCUGGAUUCGCUCCUCGUGAGCAUGUAGCAUUAAAGUGGACACACUUAAAGAACACGUGCACUGAGCACAGGUUUGUCGGAACCCCUUUGAGUCUGCAGCAAACGCGGCCUGGUGACAGAUUCCUGCUUCCCCACACACCAUCCGACUGGCAUCUCGCACGAUUCCCGUUUAUCGCGCACUGUGAAAAGUGGCAGCUGGCUGCAACGAGCAGAAAAAAGGCCUUGGGUGCGUCUCAGAGCAUCUCCGGGCAGAUCGCUGUGUGUGCCGGCUGGCGUGGUCACCGUGGAGACGGUUCCAAUGAGCUUCCCCUAAUCUUUGUUCACAACCGAAAGGAAUUAAAUGUUAAACGUGCCACUGGGUGAAUGUCUCCAACAGCACGACCUGUGUAUUGCACUUCUCCUCAGAGCGGCAGCUCCAGACAACCUCCUGAACUCCUCUUUUCAAGAAUCUGCUUGUCGGUCGCCUCUGACCUGCUCUGGAUUAACCUCUCAGGAAGACAUGCGGUCAGGCAGGUGUGGCCGCAUAUUCCAGGUGUGUGUGUGUGUGUGUGUGUGUGUGUGUGUGUGUGUGUGUGUGUGUGUGUGUGUGUGUGUGUGUGUGUGUGUGUGUGUGUGUGUGUGUGUGUGUGUGUGUGUGUGUGUGUGUGUGUGUGUGUGUGAGAGAGAGAGACGCAAGCGUCCACGUGAAUCUCCACGUUGUGCGAACGCAUCCAGGUGUCACGACGCGCUGGCGCCACCAAAUCCUGCUCAGAGUUCGUUUCACUUGACACCAUGUUGCGCGGAGAUAUUUGUCACAGUGGAGUAGCAAAAGGAUGAACUCCCUUCCCCGGGGUGUGAAUCACACAACGGGCGGGGGUGAGCGAGCCAAGCCUGGCGCGUCCACGCAUGAGUGGAAAUGAAGCUGUUAAUGCAGCUGGAAGACACACCUACUGUAUGACACCACACACAGACACGCAAGGAACCUGUGCUAUUCUGACCACUUCACACGUUAUAUGCUGUUUUCUAGGGACAAAAGGUUUUUUAUAUUUCCAGGAUUUCUACUGUGUCCACACGAAGCACUGUAAAACAGUCUUUUUUUGUUUUCGUUCCCGUCCUGAAUGUCAGACAGAGGAAGUGUAGCCUGGUCUUUCACUGAAACCAGCUGCACCCUUAUUUACUAAGAGUGAACUAUAUUUAUCCACUGGUUUAACAACCAUUGUGGUUUUGGUAAAGACACAGAUAAUAGUUGGAAUUCUUGAUUAUUUUUCUCUUUUUGUUCAGAAUAACAUUUUUUUUAAGUCAUAAGACAAAUAAAGAAACCAAUUAAUUAAUUAAUUGGCCUUUUCAUGUCAAACUGUGAGCUAAACCAUAGAGUAAAGUGAGGCCUGGGUUGUGUGUCGCUGUGUAAGUUCUGUAAGACUAAGAAAUGUGUGUUCUACCUGUACAGACCAGACGUGUCCUCUAUACCUCACAUUUUCCUCAAGAGCAUGUAUGUUAUGAGGAACGUGGCGUCUCGUGAUUCUCCUGUCUCUGUGUGUCGUCACUCUUUGUGGCAUGUUCUUCAUAGCCCCAGGUUGGAACAUCUCAUGUCAGAUCCCUGUGGAAGAAGAGUAUUUUUACCACACACUGUUGUUGUUUUGUGAGAGUUUAUUUUUUUGGCUCCUCUAUCAAAGCUGACACAGGCACUAAACUUGCAGACGUUUGUUCACGACCACACAAUAAAGCUUACUGUUAUGGUGAUUUGUACUUUUGACUUGGAGGUAUGGGAGAUGAGAAGGGUUAUAUAUAUAUUUUUUAGUUUAUUUUAUGCAGCACAUUGCAGCAACUACGGUCUUUAUUUUCCUAUUGUAUAUCUACUGAGUAAGGUGUUGAUAUAAAGAUAUUAAAGGUGUACAUUUGUAAAUAUGUAAUUCUGAAUUGUAUGUAAAAUGAAAAGCAGCUUUAAUAAAGUUCGACAUGUUUAAUCUA